AUGAGAGUCCAGACCAUUUGCUCACAACUUCUUCUAGUGGUGUCGGCUGUUGCAGCGCCAACUCCGAGGGCCACUUUUGCGCUGGUGCCGCUCGAAGAUCCCCAGAACUGGAUCGCGGGCGACAGCUUGUUCCCAAGCAACAUCAUUGCAGGAUAUCACGCUGAUUAUGAUGCCUAUAACUCCGAGUCUUGGUCAAAUUACGUGCUCGAUAAAUGCAAAGCCUAUGCCCAGUGCACGUCAUCCGAGACAUUCUCAGGGAUCAAUUCGGGCACACCGAAGAUUAGGUACUGGUUUGGUUACGUAUACAGAGGCGGUGCAACAACACAGGCCAACUACGAGAGAGUGGAUGGAGUGGAAGACUCCAUUGCCUACACAAUCGUAUAG